AAUUCUGGAAUCAGUAACACCGCAAUAGACGCUUAUCAUCGUUGUAUAAUAUCACUGUGCUGUGAAGAUUGUCAGUGAUAAUAAUAACAAGUGAUUUACGGUUUUCAUGUGUAAUUUUGUCGAAAUUAUAUGAGAGAAGAAAGUGACAAGUUUUUGUAAUACCGAUGGUAAGACUUGUUUAGUUAAUCCAAAGCUCUUGGUAAAUAAAAAAAGCGGGUCUCUUGAUUCAGUGAAGAAAAUCAUAAUAAAUCACUUAUAAGAAGAAAUAAUUUAACUGAAUGAUCUAGUCUUUGAUUGUUUUGGUUAGACACCUUUAAUGGAUUAAUAGAAUUGAGAAAACAAACGAUGACAACAAAAUAGCAUGCAGUCAACUAUAGUAGAUAAAAGAGAAGGAUAGCCAGUAAUAAAUCAAAAUAAAGAUAAUCAGUUUAGAAAAAUGGAUAAUAAAGCAGAAACACUUUUUAAGUUUGCUUGUGAUGAUGAUAAAAGCAGUUCAGACACUAAUAAAGUGAAUGUAAUGGAGGAGAAAUUAAAUACUAUUAAGUUAACAGAAGAAAUAUUACAGGAAGAUAAAUCCUGUCAGAUAAAAGGAGGUGACAAUAAUAGUUUUACUGAUGAUGGCAGUGAAAAGAAAAAGUCAGCUGUUGAUGAAGGUGUGGCAGGGGGUAAUCAAGGUUCAAAUAAAACUGCGGAUGAUGCUCAUAGUUCUACCUCCUCAGAAAGAAAAUCCUUAAUGGAGUCUUAUCAAAAAUGUAAAUCAACAAUAUCUAGGGAAAAAUUUAGAGCACAUAUAAUUGCUAUAAUGAAAAAGAAUGGUAAAGAAGUGGUUGAGCCAGGAAACUUUGCAGCAAAAUAUGCUCUUGCAGCACCAUAUCACAUAUUCUUUCCGAGAAUAGAGGACUCAAAGGAAACCUAUGAUCAACAGUUUUCAAUAACAUUUCCUGAAAUCUUAGACAAAAGCUUAGGAGAAAUUGUCUGUAGCUUACAAAUCAACUUUAUGCUAGAUGUUGACUGGUUGUGCUUACAAUACGUGUUGGCUGGCCAGUGUGCAGAUAUGUUAGUUCUGUAUGGUACGAGAUUGGAUGAGGAAAAAGUGAGCUCAAAUAUGAAGAUUAUACUUGUGGAGAAGUUAUCUGAGUUCACUUGUCAUCACACGAAGAUCAUGAUCUUGAAAUAUAUAGAUGGGGGUAUACGAAUUGUAGUGUCUACAGCAAACUUGUAUCUUGAUGACUGGGAGAACAGAACGCAAGGUCUUUGGAUAUCGCCGCAUCUUCCGCCGCUGGCAGAUUCUGCAGUUUGGAGUGCUGGAGAAUCUCCAACACAUUUCAAAAAAGAUUUACUGGAUUAUCUGCAUGCAUACCGCUUGAAGGAUUUGAAAGAUUGGAUUUCCAUCGUUCGUAAAGCCGACUUCUCGGCGGUGAAUGUAUUUUUCCUGGCUUCUGUUCCUGGACAGCACAUGCACCGCGCUUCCAACUUAUGGGGACAUAGGAAGUUAGCCACUAUUCUUUCUAAAUAUAUUACCUUACCUCCGGAUGCUCCACAAUGGCCAAUUGUUGCUCAGAGCUCUAGCGUCGGAGUUUUUGGUCCUAAUUAUAAAAGUUGGGUUUUUAAAGACUUCGUACGUUCGGCGUCGGCAGAGGUGAACAAAGGUACGAAGGGUUAUCCAGACUUCAAGUACAUUUUCCCUACACGUAAAAGUUUUCUACAAAGUUUUGAUUUCCCAACUGGAAGUACUUGUCUGAAUUACCCCAGGGAAAGACAUGCUCAACAAGAAUGGCUAGAAUCCUACCUAUACGAGUGGAAGGCUUCGCGUGAGGCGAAAGACAAAGCUAUGCCUCACAUCAAAUCGUACACGAGAUUCUCGCCGGAUUGGAAGAGAAUCCCUUGGUUCGUCCUUACCAGCGCCAAUCUGAGUAAAGCCGCGUGGGGGAAUUUCCGAAGUUCAUAUUUCGUUGGGAACUAUGAAGCUGGAGUCGUAUUCGUUCCACAAUUUGUUACUGGGUCAACUACGUUUCCGGUUCAAGAGGAAGAGGAUGGAGUACCUGUGUUCCCUAUUCCGUACGAUAUUCCUUUAACGAAAUACGAACCUGGUGAUAAGCCAGCCUACUACGAGCUCGACGAUAUUGACGAUAUUGUACUUCAUGUGAAUACUGUACCUGACUGAUCUUCUGCAUUUUAAGGUAGCAUUGUGCAAAUCGUACUGAACAAGUAUAAUAUUAUGAAUAGUUGAGGGAAAGAAUUCAUUUCAAAUAUAUUUUUGCUACGUUAUUAAAAGAGUGAUCUUAUUUCCUCGAUGAUUACUAAUCCUACACGAGUGAUAUAUUUUUAUAAACAUUAUACUCUAAUAUUUUUAAUAAAUCUAGCAUUGUAACGAACGAAUUAGUCACACUUUCUGGAAUCGUGCAGAUAAGAUUCCUCGUUAGGGGAGUCCUAGAGCAGAAGUACACUUAAUUACAUCGAUAAGACAAAGAUUUUUACAGACGUGCAAGUACCAA